AAGGAUAAUCUAGGAAGAUAGUGAGAUGGGUACAAGCCCUUGCUGUUCCAAGGAGGGAUUGAGCAAGGGCCUUUGGAGUGCUUAUGAGGACCAAAUCCUAUCAGAUUACAUUAAAACACAUGGAGAGGGGAGAUGGAAUCACCUCCCCAACAAAGCAGGUCUCAAUAGAAGUGGAAAGAGUUGCAGACUUCGCUGGUUGAAUUAUUUGAGACCUGGUAUCAAGAGAGGAAACAUAUCCCCUGAAGAAGAAGAGCUUAUCAUCAGGCUUCACAAGCUCUUGGGCAACAGAUGGUCACUCAUAGCAGGAAGGCUUCCAGGAAGAACAGACAAUGAAAUAAAGAAUUAUUGGAACACCAUUCUAGGAAAGAAGGUCCAAGAAGGUCACUCCUUCCCCCUACCUCCACUUUCCACCCAGAAUCACUUCAACUCAAACUCAAGUCAAUCUAACCUGAAGAAGAAAAAGAACAAAGAGGAGCAGCAAAGCAUUAUCAUGAGAUUACAGCCACCACCACCAGAAUCUGGGCAACUUGAAGCUGAAGCAAUGGGGGAACCCUCAGCUAUUAUAAGCCUCAAAGCAACAGAACCAGUAUCCUAUGAGGGGUUGUCCUCCUUGUUCACCCAUAGAGAAGAAGAGAUCAGCUCCUCCAAGCUAAUGGAGCUAUGGUCAUCUGACCUUCUGAAUUCAGACUUCUCUUGGGUCUCCCAUUGCCAAGAUGGAGAAGCAGAGACAAAUAAUGGUAACAACUAUAACUGGUACACUGAUCUAAGUUUGGAGAAUGAAGAUGAUUGGAAUUGGAUAUGAGAGUUAA